CGCCGCAGCGGCACAACUCAAAGACCCAACGGCGCUGCAAGUUCUGUUGUCUCAUGGGGCUGAGAUGGAUCCGUUAGCAUUGUUUGACGCCAUAAAAGUCCGCGGCCACAAGAACGGCACUGCUACGAUGGCUGUCUUGAUCGAUCAUGGCGCUGACGUCAACUAUAUGGCCAAGAACUGGGCUACGCCGCUCCUUCACUCCGUUCAUUACAGAUCUAAAGAGAAACUGUUGUAUCUGCUGAAACAUGGUGCAGACCCCACUAUUAGAGGCAGGGUAAGCAAGGACACGCCGGCCGAGUCUGCGCAACGUCGUGGUGAUCAAGAGUUAUUUGAGAUUCUCAAGGCAGCCGAAGUUGAACAUGCGCAGUAGCGGAUAUGGUGGAACAAUCUUCUGUCAUGUAAUGCUGGUUAGGAUGAAGCAUCUCAUCAUCCUAUUGAGAUCG